UUGUGUGUAGUGGUGAUGUGUGAUUGUUGACAUUUCUAUAACAUGCAACAUUUCUGUUGACACUUCUGUCGAAAGAAAAGUAUGGGGUGGCGUGACAUUUCUGUUUUAAUUUUACAUGUACAAUUUCAGAUUUUUUGUGCUUUGCAUGGGGGCGGCAUCCAAGCAAAUGAAAUAAUUGCAUUCGGCCAAAGUCUUAAUAGACUAGAACCCAAUAAAGUUUCAGCUGGCAGUGAUGCAGUUAAUGCAAUUAGAAAUAAAAGAAGCCCAGUUGUGAUUCCAUUAUUACAUGAUGAACAUUGUAAACUGGAUUUACAGAGAUGGUGCGGUAAUCUCCCAAACAACGAUGACUUGACGGUGCUGGAAUGCAUACAGUCUUUCAAGGGCAGCGAACUAGCAGAGCUGACAAAAGAAUGUCAGAACAAGAUAUGGGAGCGAACAUUGCAUAUGAUAAGUGAUCAAAACAUGACACAGCUUGCAAAGGACUAUUGUUCAAGCCAGUUGAUAGAGAGCCUUGGCUGUCAGCCUUCAUCAUCAGUUGUGGGUAAUAUAUUAGCCUGUAUGAUUGAUAAAAGGGAAAAGAUAGAAGAAGAUAAAUGUCACACAUUUGUUCAGCGUAUGGAAUGGAUUGCUUUUAGUGACUUCAGAAUGAUGCCAGCAUUUUAUAAAGAGUGUAGUGGAGAUGUGAAAACUUUUCAGUGUGGACGACUUCACACAAAUGAGGCUUUCAGACAAGGAAAAACAUUAGCCUGUCUCCAAAAGUAUAUAAGGAAGUUAAGUGCUGGAUGCCACAGGCAAGUACUUCAUCUAUCAGAAAUACAAGCUGAUGAUAUCAAACUGGACAGACAGUUAUUUUUGGCUUGUGCAAAUGAUCAUCAGCGUUUCUGCCCUAACAUGCCAAGGGGUAGUGGGAGAGUCUAUAAAUGCUUGAUGGAGCACAAACUUGACAAAACUAUGAGUAAAGAGUGCCAAGAUCAGCUGAUGCGUCGACAGAAAUUGAUUUCUGAAGAUUUCAAAGUCAGUAGAGGCCUAGCUAGGGCUUGUAAGGACGACAUUAGGUUAUUUCACUGCAGGCGGUCUGUAUCUGAUGAUAAAGAGAUACGUCUAGUGCAAAUACUGUUGUGCUUGGAAGGUGUUAUAAGAAAUGGAACAAAAGUGACUCCUGAAUGUCAGUCUGAAAUGAUUGAGCACAGAAAGAUCCUAAUGGAAGAUUACCGCUUGUCUCCGGAAAUCGUCUUAAGUUGCCCAGAUGACAUUUCAAAAUAUUGUAAAGGGUUAGAAGUAGGAGGGAGAACCAUACAUUGCCUUAUGGAACAUGCGAGACAAAAAAGGAAAGAAGAGCGUAUCUCUCCUGCUUGUCAAAGAGCUCUGGAAGUUUUGGUGAAAGAGGCCGACGCAGGUGAAGACUGGCGUGUUGACCCAGUCUUGAGAGAAGCUUGUAAACCAGUAGUGGAUUCUGCUUGCAAGGAAGUCCGUGGAGGAGAUGCAAGGGUUUUGUCCUGCUUGAUGGAGAAGCUUGGCACUGACCACAUGAAUGAAGCAUGUGAAACAGCACUUCUUCAGAUCCAGUAUUUUGUUGCUCGAGACUUUAAACUAGACCCACAACUCUUUAGGAACUGUCGUGAAGAUGCAGCUCGUUUAUGCCACGCAAAGAGAUUUUGGAUUGAUGCAGAUGGUCAAAUGGACCCUGAACGUGGCCCCUUGGUGCUGCCUUGCCUGUAUCGCUAUGCUUAUCACACUCAGGAAACAUUGAAACUAAAAUCUGAAUGUCUUGCUGAGAUACGUAGAGUUAUGCGCCAGAGGGCUGUUAGUGUUGAUCUGUUGCCUGAGGUGGAGGAAGUAUGCAUGGAAGACAUAGCUAUUCACUGUUACGAGAAGACUGGAAAGGGUGAAGAAAUGGUAUGCCUACAGGAUAAUCUGGAACGUCUUGAUCCUAAGUGUAAAACUGCAGUUGCAAAUUUCACAGAAGAACAGGCAGAGCACAUUGAACUGAAUCCUAUAAUUCUCUCAGUCUGUCAAAAAGUCAUGGAGAAACAUUGUGAAGCAGAACUGGAAACUGGCAAGGAUGAGGGAGAUGUUAUGGAUUGCCUCAUUGCACAUAAAAAUGAACCUGAUGUCAGAGCAAACUACAAAUGUAGAGCUGCUGUUGAACAUUUUCAGCUUAUAUCCUUAAAAGAUUACCAUUUCACGUACAAAUUCAAAGAAGCAUGUCGACAAUCUGUCAUUCGCUACUGUCCUGCUAUUAAGACAAAAGCAGAUGUUAUACGAUGUCUAAGUGAAAUUGUUCGCAAUGAUACGUUGCGAAAUGUGAAACAAAACAUACCCAAAGAUUGCAGGCAACAACUGAGAGCUCAGUUAUUUCAACAAAGAGAGAAUAUUGAUUUUGAUCCCAGGAUUAAGAAGAAUUGCUAUAAAGAUGUACAGCAGUUUUGCAAAGGGAUUCCAAAAGGAGCUGCACAGACUUUGGAAUGCCUUCAAAUAAACAAGGAUAAACUGUCAGAUGGAUGCCACAUGGUUAUUUUCAAUGUAGAACGCCAAGAACUACAAGAUAGCUCUGUCGAUUAUGCACUUAUUACAACUUGCAGACAUAUGAUUAAUCAGUUUUGCCAUGGUGAAGAUCCUUCACAGGCGUUGAUCUGCCUUAAGAGGUACAAGGAUGAUCCAACAUUUGAUUCAAAAUGCAAAUCUAUUGUAGUUCGCAGAAUGAUUGAACAGAGUUCCGACUAUCGCUUUAAUCCACUGCUGCAGAAGAGUUGUCGAAUGGAUAUAUCUAAAUUUUGUGCAGAUAUUGUUGCCUCUGAAAAGGAAGAAAAGGAACUAAAUGGGAAAGUUGUAAAAUGUCUAAAAGUGAAAUUUCGGGAACAGAAGCUGAGUCAAGAUUGUGAGUCUGAAAUGACUAACAUACUUCGUGAAGCUGCUUUGAACUACAGACUGAAUCCUCUUCUUGCAACCAUGUGCAGAAAGGAGAUUGAAGACAUGUGCCCUCCAGAUGAAAAUGCUGAUGGGGGAGCAGUAGAAGAGUGCCUCAAGAAUGCAUUCAACAAACAUCGCAUUUCUAAUAGAGAAUGCCAGAUAGAAGUAGCAGGUCUUAUUGAGGAAGCAAAAGCUGACAUCCAUGUAGAUCCACUUCUUCACAAAGCAUGUGGAGUAGAUGUGUCGAAGUUCUGCAGUGAUAUACCACAGGGCAAUGGAAGACAUGUCCAGUGUUUACAAGAGGUACUCCAGGAUCCAACAAAAACUCUUAAACCAGAUUGUCAGGAGAUGUUGACAAAAAGAAUAGAGAUGUUCAGGAAUGCUGCCUUGGUAGUGGCACCAGAAACUAUUGAAGAGUUGUAUGCAACAGUUUCACGAUCACCUUCAAAAACUUAUUUCAUGAUUGUGGCCCUGACAAUGAUUGGUGUUAUCUUCAUAAUGGGUCUCUCAUGUGGACGUCUCACACGAAGAACUCUGUUAAUGAAAAAUAAGUAGUGCAUUGUGUAACAGUGAAUAUUGUGUAUGUAUAUAUAUAUCCUGUAUAUGUGAAUUGUUUAUAAAUGACUGAAGACAAUUUGUUUUGUAAGCGAUAAUGUACAUAUGGAUGAAUGUUUGGCACGGCUGAAUUUUUAGUUGUUACUGUGUGUCCUGUUCCAUGAACUAAAUAAGACAUAUCAGAAGAACAUUUUUGACAUUGGAACUAAAUCAGGUUUAAACUGUUGUUCUUUCUUACAAACAUUUUUUUCUUUUUGUAUGCUGUAAAAUUAGUAUAUUAUUUGCAUUUAGAACUUUUAAUUUUCCUGUUGUAAUGAAUGGAGAAAAUAACACCAUAAGCCACUACACCAGUAGUUUGUAUGCUGCAAGAAAUGAUGUGGACUUUUAAACGUGUUGUAUCUUACUGUAAUUAAGUCAUUUGUCAGUGCCAUGUCUGUGUUAUGGUUUCCAGUCAGUAAUAUGCUUACAACGAAUACAGAUUUUGGGUUAUGAGGGUGUUAACAGGACAUUUAAGAACUUGUUUCUAGAGGUAGAUAAUUAGAAGCUACAUUAAAUAGUGGUGUCAGAAGGAAAGCCACUUCAGGACAAAAUAGAAGUGUGUCCCAUUAUGUUUUGUCUCGUGCUGUUUUCGAUUCUUGAAGCAAAUUGUUGUACUACUUUGUAUCUUUAAGGUUUUACACCAAUUUGCUUCUUGGAAAGUAAGUUAAAUUCAGAGUUUUGCCAUAAUUUCCUAUACUAUUCCAAAUUUAAACUGAACAGAGCUGGCACAUUCUUUGUAUAAAAUUUCUGUAUUACUUUGCAAUUUUUAAGAUAUCAUCAGAUUGUUAUGUAGCUUUCCUCUGUUAUGGAUAAUCUGGUAAACAUUGUUUUUCAAAUUAAAACAAUAGAACCAAGGGGUACAUGUAGUGAAAAUUAUUUAAUACUUUUGUGUAAGUUUUGGUAAAUUUAAUGCUCAACAGGUAUAAUUUCAUUGCAAGUCUGCACCAGUUUUCUUGCUAUUCUGUACAAUGAGAAAGUUUACAGAAUAACCACAGUAGCAAAGACACGAUAAGUGCUUUUUUGUGUUAUGGUGUUACUGCUCACACAACAAAAAAAGUCUUCUGUAUUAUAAAAAAUAAUAAGGCAAUCAUUUGAAAAUCAGCUAAAUUACAGAGGAACUGUAUCCCAGACAGUGUAAACAGCAAAUUUUGUGUAAAUUUCUGUUGUCCCAUUACUGCUUUUUUUUCUAAUUUAAAUAUAUUUUGAUGAUAUAUAUGUUAGUUUUAUAAUUUUCAUGUUAAUGACAAAGAAUGUUUACACCAAAAUUAUUAAAUAUUAUCAGAUUUUUGUAUUUCCAGCUAAUAUUGCUCAUAGGUAAGAACAGUGUGUAUCCUUCAUGUGUCUUUUACAUAUAUAUAUCAUGUUUUGGGAUACUUUGAGGGGCUUUGACUCACAAGAAAACUUUCACCUUGAAUUGGAUUAAAGUGAGUAAAAGUAUUGAUUAAAAUGAAUAAAAGGUCUUAAAUUGGAUUAAAAUGAUUAAAAGUAUCCAUUAAAAUGAAUAAAACAUCUUGCAUUAUCAAUCUUCUGGUAGGAAUGUCAAUAUUUCUAAGAUAAUACCAGGUACAGAAUAAGAAGAAUCAUAUUUAGAAUCAGUUAGUCUGUAUUCAAACCUUGGUCCUUAAGCACUGUCUUUCAUACACAAAUAUGUAAUUUUUUGUUUUUCAUUGCAGAAUCAAUUUUGAAAUUAUGUUCCUCUCCUUUUCAUUAAAGACAAAGGCUUGGUGAAUUUGUAAGCUACAAAUGCCAUCUACUUAAUUUUAUUGUCUGUAUUAACAACCUCUUUGUAUUUAGAGUAAUGGGUUUCUAUACCACUCCUUAAUCUGCAUGUGACUUUUUGUGGUGUGUGUUAUAUUUUCCAGAUAUAUUGCAAGUUUCCAUGAAUUCUGCAACUUAAUGUACAGUAAGAAUUAUAAUAAAGGUGAGAAAACUUUCCAUUAUGAUGAAGAAAUGUGUGUAUUGUGUAAUUUAUUUGGUGAUGUAUAUAAAAAACACAGUGGAAGUAUCAGAUAAAAUUGAAAUGAGAUAAAUGUUUCUCACUCCAUUGACUGAUGAACACAUGGUGUUGUUCUUUAUUUCUGAUCAAAUGUAGUGUCAUCAUAUCUUCUCUUUCACCUUUCACUGUUUCUGUUUCAAUAAACUAGAAGAUCUGCUGUUGGUCUUUUAUAGCUUUGUAUGAUGAUGAAUCAGGUCCACUGAUUCCGCACGAAUUGUAUGGAUUGUUAUUACCCAACAGUUUUAUGAGAUGUGAAGUGGAGUGAAAUGGGUGUACAUUUGCCUACACAGCCUUCUUAUUUUGUACAUCGCAUUUUAGUUGUUAAAAUAUUGUUCAUUAUUUGCGUAUGCUGUUUUUGUAUACAAAAAGUGUACCAACCAAUCUCCAGCUGCUGACACACACACACACACACACACACACACACACACACACACACACACACACACA